AUCACCACGAAGGUAAGGGAAGCAAAUCUGCACCGAAGGAGAAGUCGGGCUGUGAGGCAGGACGAAGGCUCAGCUGACUUUCAGAGCUGUUCCUGGUUGGGGUGAGAGGGAUGAAUCUUUACGCUCCUACAUAAAUCAGUCAUUCCGUGUGGGCUGCCUAAGAAAGAGGCAUGACGUGACAGCUGAGGGCCAUCUGCCAGCAGUGUGCCCACUUCAACAGCUGGGGUCAUAAGUCCUUUAUUCUCAAGGGGUAUCCUGCCUGUGCAUUCCAACAUUUAUCACAGCAAUAGCUUUACAAGGCUAGCAGAUUCGAGGGAGGAAUGUUUUUAGGGUAGUAAGACUCAACUUGGGAAAUAGAUACAUUAAUAUAAACAUAUCCUAAUUAUUAUCCUGUAUUGCCUUGUCAGGCAAUAUGUCAGCCAUAACAUAUUAAAAAGUGGGCUAAUCCGUUUAUGAAACACCUCCCAUAUAGCUGGCCUUUGUUAGCAGGUGUACAAAGAUAAGAUAAUCACCCGUAUUGAGAAGCUAACAAGUUAGUGGGAGAAGGGAUGCACCAAAACAAUAGCCCUGUAAGAGGCUGUGCUUAUCUUAUUUGUGUUUAUAUCUGUACCACCCCAUCUAUGCCUGGCACACAGUAGAUUCUCAAUAGGUAUAUACAGAAUGAGCCAGUGCUAGAGUAGAGCAAAAAGUGCUUGGGUCAAAAAGAAUAGAGGGCUAAUGCAGCCUGGAGGAGGCAGGGAAUGCAUCACGGAGGGGGAUAUUUUAAGGGAAGCUUAAAUGAUAAUAAUGAGUUUUCCAGGUAAGGAAGGGGAGGGGUGGGAGGAGUUAAUUCCUAGCAGCUGUUUCAGGGAAAACAAAAGCAUGAAAAAGAAUACUUGGAGGGUGGGUCAAAGGUAAAGCAUGGAAGGAAAAGUCUCCUAUUUCGAUAAAGGGCACGCGUGACACAAACACAUAUUAACAUCUACCCAGAAACCAGUUGGCUACUGUGGUGAUGUGGGAUAUUCAGGGAAUUUACAAGAGAUCGUUUUUUGAGUUGGAGUUGAAUGAAAGGGAAUUGUUUUAGGUGUACACAACAGAGGCAGAAUGGUAUGGUAGUUGAGCGCUGGUUCUUCAAGAACAGAUCUGUGUUCAAAGCCUGGCUCAUGUUUGUGACAUGUUAUAUGUGGUGUCUGAUACGGAUACAUAAUAAGAAUGCAGUUAAUGUCAGUGAGAAUCGCGGACCUGGAAGGCAUGAGUGGAGUGUAUAUACCAGGGGAACUGUUGAGUAAACGAAACAGGAGCUAUGGUAGAGUCUCAUUGUAAAAUCCAUUCCUGUUUUUGGAACUCCUAAACCAAAAUAGGGCUUCUUCCUCCAACAUUUUAGUUCAGGGAUGAUUUUGUGUGUACGUAUUUUCCUGGGAAGGGGGACAAAUCAGUGCCCCACUCAAUCUAAGGCAGCUCUGCAUUGGGGAACUUGUCUGAGGUAGCACAAGGAUAAGGAGCAGGGCACAUUGUAACGAUACGACUUUUAGUAUUUGUGCGUGCCCUGAAACAAAGAGAUCUUCAUCUGGGAUCCAGGGAAAGAGAUUUGUAGAUCUUCUGACCCUACAGUUGUUCUGAAUAGGAAGCAGAGCCACCUGCUAGAAGCCUACUUUGACCAAUAUGAAUCGAUUACUCUUUUCUUUCUUUUCCAUUCUAAGACAUUUCUUUCUAUCGCACUUAUUUGCAUAUGUUUUGUGGUAUUAAGCAGAUUUUCUUUAAAACUAUGAGAAAAGUUUCUGAAGGCAGCAAUUUCUUCCUCCCAGUAUCCCACUCUACUCUUCUUACUUGCCCCGCCCCCAUGUCUCCUUUCCACCUCUGCCUCCAGCUGGCCUACUAAACUAUUUGCCAGAGGCAUGAUUUCCUCAUUCUUUCAAUUCCCCUUCUCCCAGAUUGAGAAAUUCUGGGCUUGCUCUGGAUUUUUUUUACAGUCUCAGGUUUUCAUUUUUGUUUUUUCUUUUUCUUUUCCAGCAGAUGCCCCAGUCCUGGGUUCGCAUGUCUUUGUUGUCAGCCUGUGGAUCACUGAUUGACCAGCCUGAGCCAGCGGGUCCCUCAGAUCCCAAGGGACAGACUGGGCGGUGCUUUUACCCACACCGUGAGACUCCUCAUAAUUGCAUCAGUGCCGCACGUACCUAUGGAAAAUACUAGUGGACUGUCAGGCUUGGGGUUAAUUGGUUUCAGCUAACACCUUAUGGGAGCAGAGUCCUUGUGCACAUGCUGCCGUGGUACAAGUGCCCUAACUAGCUUCACACCAAGGGGAGUGGCAUCCUGAAGGAAAGCAAUUCCUUUUACUCCACCCCUUUCAUCCACUGCCACUCACAGAUUAGCCUCCAGCUCCUGCCCGGUGGAUCAAAGACGAAAUCUUAGAAUACACGUUUUCAAACUCAGUUAAUUGUUCAUUAAUAUCCGGGAGUGGCAGAUAUACGAUGCUUCCCUUUUCAUGGCAGGUCAAAGAUGAAAUUUGAUUAUGCUUUGAAGGGUGUGGUUUGCCUCUUGAAAUUCCCGGCAGUGUCUUUACCAACGUGGUGUUGCCCAGAGCAGCCCAAGUGCCCUUAUCUAACCAAGGGAGGCGCACUUGUCUGCAUAUAUACAGGCAGGAGCCGACGCUCGGAAAAGUCAAAUCCAGCCUGCACAAUGAAGAAGCAACCUAAGAAGGAUGAAGCUCCACACUGUGAGCUCAAAUCCUAUUCUAAGAACUUGGACACUCAGUCAUCCACCAUGGUAUUGGGUCCUGAACAGAAGAUGCCAGAUGAUGAUGCUUCUGGAGACCAUGGGGACCCUGCCAGUCUUGGUACCCUCAACCCUGCCUAUAGUAACUCAUCUCUUUCCCAGUCCACUGGGCACUCACAGGAGCCCUUCACCACCUACUUUGAUGAGAAGAUUGCCAUUCCUGAAGAGGAGUAUUCUUGUUUUAGCUUUCGUAAACUCUGGGCUUUCACGGGACCGGGCUUUCUUAUGAGUAUUGCCUACUUGGAUCCAGGAAACAUCGAGUCUGAUUUGCAGUCUGGAGCGGUGGCUGGAUUUAAGUUGCUCUGGGUUCUUCUGUUGGCCACCAUGGUGGGGCUCCUACUCCAGCGCCUUGCAGCUAGACUGGGAGUGGUCACAGGGUUGCAUCUUGCUGAAGUGUGUCACCGUCAGUAUCCCAGGGUCCCACGAAUUAUCCUAUGGCUGAUGGUGGAGUUGGCUAUCAUUGGCUCAGAUAUGCAAGAAGUUAUUGGCUCAGCCAUUGCCAUCAAUCUCCUGUCUGUAGGAAGGGUUCCUCUAUGGGGUGGAGUUCUCAUCACCAUUGCAGAUACCUUUGUAUUUCUCUUUUUGGACAAGUACGGCUUACGGAAGCUAGAAGCAUUUUUUGGCUUUCUCAUCACUAUUAUGGCCCUCACAUUUGGAUAUGAGUAUGUUACAGUGAAACCCAGCCAGAGCCAGGUACUCAAGGGCAUGUUCCUGCCAUCCUGUCCAGGCUGUCACACCCCACAGAUCGAGCAGGCUGUGGGCAUCGUGGGAGCUGUCAUCAUGCCACACAAUAUGUACCUGCAUUCUGCCUUAGUCAAGUCCAGACAGGUAAACCGAGCCAAUAAGCAGGAGGUACGAGAAGCUAAUAAGUACUUUUUCAUUGAAUCCUGCAUUGCUCUCUUUGUUUCCUUCAUCAUCAACGUCUUUGUCGUCUCCGUCUUUGCCGAAGCAUUUUUUGAAAAAACCAACGACCAGGUGGUUGCAGUCUGUAGAAAUGCCAGCAGUCCGCACACUAGCCUCUUUCCUGACGAUAACUCGACACUGGCUGUGGACAUCUACAAAGGGGGUGUUGUACUGGGAUGUUACUUUGGGCCUGCUGCACUCUACAUCUGGGCAGUGGGGAUCCUGGCUGCAGGGCAGAGCUCUACCAUGACAGGAACCUAUUCUGGCCAGUUCGUCAUGGAGGGAUUCCUGAACCUAAAGUGGUCACGCUUUGCCCGAGUGAUUCUGACCCGCUCUAUUGCCAUCAUCCCCACUCUGCUUGUUGCCAUCUUCCAGGAUGUAGAGCAUCUAACAGGGAUGAAUGACUUCCUGAAUGUUCUGCAGAGCUUACAGCUUCCCUUUGCUCUCAUACCCAUCCUCACAUUUACGAGCUUGCGGCCAGUAAUGAGUGACUUUGCCAAUGGAAUAGGCUGGAGGAUUGCAGGCGGGAUCUUGGUCCUUAUCGUCUGUUCCAUCAACAUGUACUUUGUCAUGGUUUAUGUCCAGGAACUAGGGCAUGUGGCAUUGUAUGUGGUAGCUGCUGUGGUCAGUGUGGCUUAUCUGAGCUUUGUGUUAUACUUGGGUUGGCAAUGUUUGAUUGCACUGGGCAUGUCCUUCCUGGACUGUGGGCACACGUACCAUCUGGGACUGACAGCUCAGCCUGAACUCUACCUUCUCAACACCGUGGAUGCUGACUCACUUGUGUCUAGAUGACUGACAGCCUGAGAGACUGUUUAAGAACCAUUUUGUCUUAGUCCUUUUGUGCCAGGUGUCCUGUUAACAUAUCUCUGUUAGUUCAGAGGUGAGUUUUGUUCAGAUGUUUUGAACAAAAGUCAAAGAUUUCCUCAUGGGAAGGGUGUUAAAAGCUGCCAGCUCUAAGUGUAGGACAGAGACCCACCCACCUCACGAUGGUCCUACAGUAACCAGAGUGACAUGAUUGGCCCACGGUGGCCACACACCCCUAUGGGCUUGUGUCUUGACCUCUGGAAUUUAAAAAAUAUAUAUGUGUAUAUAUUUAUGUAAACCUGAACAUGUCAGUUUGGGUAGAGUUUUAAGGUUAUGUGAAAUUGAUAGGUCUUUCUUAUUUUUUUAAAAGCUAUAGAUAAAUCAGAUAUUUGUUUUCUCUGGGUCACAAGUGAGAGAGGAAAGGGAGUAAUGCUCUUUUUCGGAAUGAUCUGGUCAAAUUGACUUGCCUUUUAAAGUGACACUUGACUAUGGCUAGUUAAAUUCAAUUUCAGUUUUAACCAGACCCUUAGCGACUACUGACUAGCAGCACAUCAUUUCUAAAGGAAACAGUUCUUCCUUUCAGCAGACUUAUCCUGGUUAUAUUGUGUGCUUUGCAAUUAUUAUUCUUUGUUGCUUUUCUUGAAAUCUUGUCAGAGGUAUGGUGCUAUUUCCCAAAGAGCUUAAUACCUCAUCAGAAGAUUCAGAAACCAUACUCGAACCAAUGAUCAGUUUUCCAUGUGACAUCGUAACUCAGCCCAUUCUAGCAUUCAAGCUUUAGGUAUAAAAAGAAGAACCUUCUAACAUUUAACUUUGUAAGUCCCAAACAGAAAAUGAUGGAAGUUACUUGUUUUCUUUCUAACGUUUGUAGAGUUCUACCAUGUCUUUUCUUCCCAUUUUUCCCCACUAAAACUCCACAGACACCAUUUCUAGGUCCAAAGUCUAUUUCCAGGAAUGGUUAAUAUUUCUACUGUUGAAUUUCCUUGAAUGCUAAGCAUUUUAUUUAAGAUAUUUAUAUCAAGUAAUACGAGAGCAGAACUAGACCAGGACAUGGACGACUAGUUCUCAUGUCAUAAACUGCCUGCCUACAUGUGGGUGAUAGACUUUUUUUGACCCCUCUUCUUAACCAGGACUUUUUUCUUUAAGAUUUUUAUAAUAAAAAAAGUUAAUAUUUAAAAAUUGGAAAAAUGUUGCAUAAUUAUCUGAUUGAAAAGAAGAUUGGCCACACUGGGCUUACAUUCCUGCAUGGAAUUGCAGUUGGCUGGAACUGGAUGGUGGCUAGUCCGUUUUAAUGGACUUCAGGGUGGCACACACUUCUUCGAUUCGUUUCCUUCUAGCCCCAAAGACAUUGAGUUUGCAAACCCUGCAGCUUUUGUAUGACUUUGAGCAUCAUUUUCCUCUUUCAGCUUAAAAGUGAAAUAUCUGACCUCUCUGUCUUAUUUAUUUUAUUUUAUUUAUUUUUUUUAAUAUAUGAAAUUUACUGUCAAAUUGGUUUCCAUACAACACCCAGUGCUCAUCCCAAAAGGUGCCCUCCUCAAUACCCAUCACCCCCCCUCCCCUCCCUCCCACCCCCCGUCAACCCUCAGUUUGUUCUCAGUUUUUAAGAGUCUCUUAUGCUUUGGCUCUCAUCCACUCUAACCUCUUUUUUUUUUUUUUUCCUUCCCCUCCCCCAUGGGUUUCUGUUAAGUUUCUCAGGAUCACUCUGUCUUAUUUUAAAAGUUAGUAUUUUUUCAGUAAGACUUUUAAAAAUUCCAGACAUUGUUUAUCUUCACUUAUAUAGACUUGGUUCUCUAAGUGGCAGGGAGUUGUCUAAGGUAAUACUUUUUAAAAAUUCUCUUAUUUCUAUUUCAGAGGCCCUUGAAACUUCUGGUAAGAGUAGCAUUUGUAGGUUAGAGUCCUUCUGAUCUUAAAAAUGAAAUUGAAUUAACAUCAGUUAUCAGCUUUCAUUUGAAAAAGAGAUUUCUUUUUUGAGAGAGAGGGAGAGCAUGAGCACACAUGCACAUACAGGGGAGGGGUGGGGGGGUGGGAGAGGGGGAGAGAGAGAGAGAGAGAGAGAGAGAGAGAGAGAGAGAGAGAAUAUCUUAAGCAGGCUCCAUGCCCAUUGCGUAGACUGCUGUGGGGCUUGAUCUCAUGACCCUUGAGAUCAUGACCUGAGCCAAAAACAAGAGUGGAUGCUUAACUGACUGAGCCACCCAGGUGCCCUGAAAAAGAGAUUUUUUAAAUGAGUUUCAGUAUUUUAGAUUUUUUUAAGACAUUUUAUUUAAGUAAUCUCUACACCCAACAUGGACUUGAACUCAUGACCCCAAGAUCAAGAGUCACAUGCUGUUUGAGCCAGUCAGCUGCCCCACAGUAUUUUAUAUUCUUUAUACACAGAUAGCAACUCUAGAUGAACCAAUUUGGAUUUUCCUGCCUCUCUUGGAAAUUCAUUUUCUCAGGUAGUUAGUUUCAUGACCAGAGAGUGUUAGGAGAAAGAAGAAAAAGGUUACAAAAUUCUGUUUUGCCACUCAUAAAAAGAUGAAGUGCUUGGUUAUACAGAGACCAAGUACUUGGGGGAGUCUAGCUCUCAUCUCCAUCCUAUGGCUGUACAUUAAUGGAACAGACUGGAGUUUACAAAAGCUUUUAAGUUUGGGGUGCCUGGCCCACUCAGUCGGUAGAACAUGCAACUCUUGAUCUCAGGUUGUGAGUUCAAGCCCCAUGUUGGUGUGGAAGCAUUAAAAUAAAAAUAAAUUGAAAAAAAUGUUUAUAAAUUUAUCCAUCAAGUCAUACAACUCCUGUAAUCUGAAAAGUUGAUAAACUGAGUCACACCAAAAUCAGUAGAAGAGACUGAUUUCUAAAGAAUGAGUCUUGGGUAAACUUUUUUUCUAAGUUAGAACUUUUAAUCAUUCUCUAAUUUAUAUUUACAAAUCUGGAUUUUAUAUUAUAUGCUUUUAUAGCUAUUAACAUAUUCAAUUGUAAGAUAAACCUAGAAGCAUACACUCACUCAGUUCCUCAGGUUUAACAUUAUGGAGUCAAUUUAUAAGAGGAUGCUCUGACAAUGAAUAUCCAGAAUGUCAAAAAAAUACAACUAAAUAAUAGUUACUGGGCAGCUGCUGCUACAUAACCACAUGUCCACCUAAUAUAAAAGGCAGUCAGUCAGUUUUGGUUCAGGUCAUGAUCUCACAGUUCAUGGGUUCGAGCCCCAUGUUGGGCUCUGUACUGACAGCUCAGAGCCUGAAGCCUGCUUGGGAUUCUGUGUCUCCCUCUCUCUCUGCCCUCCCUGCUUGUGCUCCGUCUCUCAAAAAUAUAUAAAUGUUGAAAAAAAAUUUUUUUUAAUUAAAAAAAAUAAAAGGCAGAGCAUAUUGAGGCAAAUGAAAUAGUUUAGCAAGUGAGGCAUCAGGGGUUUCAGUAGUUAAUGAAAAAAGCCUUCUCAACUUUAAACAUUAUGAUAUCAAGCCUCCAAAGUUUUGCCCCAGAAGUGUUGUCUUCAUUCGGGUACUGUAUUUCACCUAUAUGUAGGGUCCCUGCAGUGACCCCCUCUUCUUAACCCAAGCUAAAGUGGAUAAAUGAGCAUCCUGCUUCUUUUCUACACAGAUGAUUUUACACGUUAAUUUAAAUACAGUUUGUGAGUUCUCAUGCAUAGCUAUUCUUGGUGAAUAAAUACUUUGCAUUUCUGUUUCAAGUAAUAAAUAUAUUCAGCUCUCAGUAAAAUUACAAAAUUCUGGAACCUGUUGGGUGUUAUGAAAAAAGCCCAUUUCUAAUUAAACACUUAAGUCUAUUUUUAAUGCAGAGUAUACAUUGAGAGAAUGGAAUCUUUCCAGGACCCUGAAUAGAAGUACUUCUCCAUUGUGGAAUCAACACGAAGGGUGACAUUUCUAUGCCUGCUGUUCUCAAUCUCCCUGACCUCCAUGCAACAUAUUAGAUCCAGCUGCACGACUAUUUAGUGGAAUAAAGUCGUUGGAUUCUUGCCUUGCCUAUUUUCCCCAGAGGACAGUGUUGCCCAAAAUAUGUAUACUUGUUGGUGGAACUAGGAGAGCCCCAUGACAGGUACAAAUGACAAUUUUAAAAAUAAUUGCCUGUGCCAAUUAAUACACAGAACAGUGGGGGUUAAUGCCUAGACUGCAGACUUAAUUUCAGAUAUUCCGACAUUGUUUCUUUUCCCAAAUACUAGACUUCACCUUCCUUUCAGAUGAACUCUCCACCGUAGGAGACAUCAAAGAAAAGGAAGUAACCACCACAGAUAAUUUUAUAAUGCAUUCUUGAUUUUUUUUCAGUGAAUGCUUUUUUCAUUUUUUUUUUUUUGUUUUUUUUUUUUUUUUUUUUUUUUUUCCCUUUCUCCCCAGGCUUGGAGUCUUAGAAGGUAGAUCUGAGUCACAGAUGUAAUGACUUCAACAGUAUAGUUAAUUUUUUAGAACCUUAGGGCAGUUGUAGAGGAGUUUCAGGUCACAGGUGUAAUUAACAUUUAAUGUCUGUUUUGAUUUCUGUGUUUUCGAGUGUCAUACCAGAUUAGCAAUAGCACUGGACUAAUUCCUUUCACCCCUAUAGUUGUCAUCUGGGGAAAAGGGAUUUUUUUUUUUAGCAAUUCACCUUUGUACUCCUAGAAAUGCUUUCAAGUAUAAAAAUGAAUACAUAGACAUUUAAAUGUUAAACAUUUAUGUUUGUGGCAAAAUAGUCAAAUUUUGAGAUAAGAGCGAAGCACACAAUGGUAAACCAAAUUUAAAUAACAACAUGGCCAUUCUCCUCUGAUGUAAUUGUUUCCCAUUCUCAAAAGGAAUUUAUGAAAGCUUUAAUUACCUUGCCCUAUUUGGAGAGAAUUAAACAAUGAAUGGAGCAUCAUUUUUUUUUAAGGCUUAUUUAUUUAUUUUGAGAGAGAGAGAGUGAGCAGAGGAGGGACAGCAAGAGAGAGACACACACACACAGAAUCCGAAACAGGCUCCAGGCUCUGAGCUGUCAGCCCAGAGCCCGACGUGGGGCUUGAACCCACAAACUGCGAGAUCAUGACCUGAGCUGAAGUUGGACACUUAACCGACUGAGCCACCCAGGCUAGACCGUCACAUUUAAUACAGAUAUAGAUAAUUUUUCUGUAGUCAUUAUAUAACUAACUCCUAAUUUUCAGAUUGGUUUGACGUAAUAUAGAUUAUUUUUUGCCACUAACUAGAAAAUAAAAAUUCUAAAAGUCAGAAAAUCAUGUCCUAGGUUCUGAAAGACAACAAGGAUAUUUUUGAGUUGACUAUGACUCUUGAUUUGGAAAUCAACAUAAACAAUUGAGACUUGCUAUACAAGGCUAUGCGAAUCCUGUCUCAUAGUUUUGCAGUAUAAUUUACUACAUACUGAAAAUUUAUUCUUCAGAAUAAAUAGUUUUCAGAAGCCUUCUUGUCUUGUAUGUAUGUAGCUUCAUUUUUUGGACACAUUGAAGAAUCGAGGUCUAAUGUAAUCCUUAUACAUAGAAUAGAGAACACCUAGAAACAAAAA